CACACCGUUGCAUGCCCUUCCAUGUGGAUUGUGGUACUCGCUCCGUGCUACAGAAACGGAUCGCAGCGAUCCCACAACCAGAACUCUGUAGUCCGACCUUCUCCAUCGAACAGGAUCCAGGUGCCCAUUGUGCGCGCAUCUACGCACUUCUCCUGACAUCCGUGCCGUGUCCUUUUCGCGGAGAGAGAGCCCGGGUUGACAGAGUCCAAGUCCAUUCAAGAUGGUUGUCAAGCGCAUGAGCGCAGAGGAGAAGAUGGACGAGAUGUUCGACCUCAUGAUCCAGUCUAACGAAUUCUUCACCUUGAAGGAACUUGAGAAGCUGGGUCCCAAGAAGGGAAUCAACGCUCAAAAUGUGAAAGAGGUGGUCGAUGCGCUUGUUGAUGAGGACAGAAUCUGCCGCGAGAAGAUUGGAAGCGCAAACUAUUACUGGGUCUUCGCUUCGCAAGCCGCCGUCGUGGCCCGCAAUCUGUCUGAACGCAUCGACACGGAACUUAGCGCGACGCGCGUGAAGCUCCAGAUGGCCGAAAAGAGUCUGCAGACGGCGCUGGCGCAAGGCCGUGAUCCCACGGCGAUGCGCCAGCAGAUGCUCGCCUCGCUCGCGGAGGCGCGGCGGCGGAACAGGGCAUUGCAAGACCAGCUCAAGCUCUAUGGCGAUCACAGUGAUCCGGCUGCACUGCAAGCGAGAGUGCAAAGAAUCGAGAAUGCCAAGAAGAUGGCUGUUGGACAUACCGAAAAUCUCGCCGCUGUCAUAUCCUAUGCGCGCACCAAGUUUCAGACCGACGCGUCGCAAUUGCGCGCACAAGUCGACCUGAAAGAAGACUUCGAAGAGCUGGAGGACACGCCGGUGCUGAUUCCUAUCCCGGUCAAGACACCCGAUGCGGUCGCAAAGAUUUGAUGGUUGCAGCACGCGGCAACUCGCCCGGGGCUUGCCAACGCGCACCAUCCGAACCACCGCCAGCAUUCUUGCCAUAGGCCACACGGAGACAAUUGUAGAACUUUACGAUUC